AAUCCCGCCAAUUCCUUUCUUCGAGAUGGAUCCCGCCCGCGGUACAAGCAAUCAGAGACCCGGUCUGGAGCCUCAUAUCCGACCCUCGCCCUCUUAUUCUAGAACACCUCCUCAAGUCCCAGCUCAAGGGGGUUCAUUGCUGCCAACAGGCGCAAGUACGGGAUCUGGCACAUCCUCGUCAGCGCCCCGGAUACGGAGAAGGAACCGCAUGAUAACGAGCUGUCUCGAGUGUCGACGUCGCAAGUUGAAGUGCGAUAAAUCGCAUCCUUGUACUAACUGCGUGAAGUCCAAUCGCGAUUGUGUCUUUCUGGCACCGGCUCUGGACCAGGCCAGCCAGCUCAAGCUCACGGAAAUCAAAGAGAAAGUGGGGUCGUUGGAACGGCUGCUGGAGAGAGAUAUUGCCAAGUCCUCGGCAUCGACAGCGACGGCCCCUCACCUGGAGAGGGCUGUACCUGACGAUGUGGAGGAUGGCCUGCCACCGAACGAAGAUGAGAAGGACUUGGAGCCAACGCCGUUGGCUACUGUAGAUGCGGCUUUUGAGAUCGACGGCGAAGAUGAUGAUCUGCUGGAUCUGGGAGUCCAACUAGGGAAGAUGCGAAUCACUGAACGAAUUGGAGGCUUCGUCAGACCCAAGAUUACUCAAGAGCUCCAAUCUACUAUCGCGAGCAGAGGACAUAAAGGCCCCGGCCCCGGCCCCUUAGAACCACCACCUGUCCCACCACCUGUUACUCUUCCACCUGCAAGCGAAUGGCUGAAACCUGGACCUGCGUAUAUCGCUCCCUCGUCUGGCUUCUUCUUUGGGACAGCGGUUCAUCAGGCGUCCCUAAUUGAUUACUUGCCAUCAAGACUAGCUGCAGAUAGGCUCAUCAAGCAAUACUUCCUUGCUGUUCACCAUAUUGCUAAGGUCCUACAUCGACCAACAUUUGAGAGAGAAUAUGAUACCUUCUGGGAUGAGGUCUCUCUCGGAAUUGAACCUCCACCCUCGGUACAAACAGUAGUGUUCGCUGCAAUGUUCUCCGGGGUUGUCAGUAUGGAUGAAGCCGAUGUCAUUCGCGACUUUGGAGUGUCUAAAGCCAGCUUGGUCGAGAAUUUCAAGCUCGGCACAGAAACUGCAUUGUCCAGAGCGAACUUCCUACGAACAACUAAGAUUGAGACGUUACAAGGAUUUGUGAUGUAUCUGAUUCCGCUUUGUAGAGGAGAGAUAUCACGGGCUCAUUCAGUUCUAGUCGGAGCUGCAAUAAGAAUGGCCGAGUGCAUGGGUCUUCACCGUGACGGUGAAACUUAUGGGAUGAGCCCUCUUGAGACCAACUUGCGCCGCCUAAUCUGGCACCAACUUUGCUUCCUGGAUAUUCGAACUUGUGAAGCAACAGGUCCACGCCCCAUAAUCCGACGAGAAGAUUUUGACACAAGAUUUCCUCUAAACGUUGACGAUAUUGACCUCCAUGCCUCCGGGGACCCACCUGUCACAGAAAAUCGAUGGACAGAUGCUACCUUCAGUCUAAUUCGAAUGGAGAUCAAUGAAAUGAUUAGAACGAUCUGGGUUGACAGAACCCGUUUGGAACGCCGGAAGGUAACUCUCACGGCGGUCUUGUCCAAAAUCGAGACAUUUAAAGCGAACAUGGCCGCCAGAUAUGACCAUUUAAUGGAUGACAGGAUACCUGUCCAGAAAUGUGCCAGAGUUGUGAAGGCACUCCUCCUAUCUCGGCUGCUUACUAUGGUACUUCAUCGUUACCAUAACUCUGUUGCGUCUCCAAUGCCAGAUCGACUCCGUAAACUCAUGAUCUCAGGAGGAAUUAUAACACUGGAGACAGCGAUCACCUUAGAGACGAGUCCUGAUCUGAGAAGCUGGACAUGGUACAGCGGAGCACUUCAGCAGUACCACACAGCCGUUCUAUUCCUCAUGGAAAUAGUGAUCUACCCCGAUCGUAAGGAGGCGGCUCGCAUUUGGCCCUUGUUGGCCUACAUCUUCGAGUGCGAUCCGUCAGAGGAUCCGGUGAUGCAAGCCCAGAAGGUACUUUCUGAGCUACAGCAUAAAAUCGCGGUAUAUCAAAGCAUGCGUGGCAUGCGCGUACCAGUCGUCAUGGAGAAACACGUUGGGCAACGAGCACCACCUAUCCCCGAAACCGACAACAAGACAGCUGCUUCUCAACAUCCCCCUCCGUCAACAAGCCGGGAGCCCCUUGGGCCUCCCCAACGCAUUCCCGAGGUACCACCGUCUAUAGGCAAAGCGCAAGUCCCCGAAGUCGCCUUCGCCGGCGUCGCAAACCAAGAAGUCCUCUGGGCGCUCCCCAAACAUCAAAGUCCCGAAGCAAGCAGUGAUUCCAGCAGCGUGGUUGAGAAACCGAAAAUGCCCCCCGUGUCUGGGGCUGGUAAUGAUCUGAUGACGGAGAUUGAUUGGGAUGCUUUCGACGCUUUGUUCCCACCGGAUCAACAAAAUGACGUCUUGAAUCAGCCCGGUCCCCAGUUCCUGAAUAUGCCAGGUGGGAUGCGUCGCUAUUAACCUAGUCUAUGUGUGUAUCUGCGAUGCACCGCAGUGAUUACGAUGAGUGUUUUAUUCCUGAAAGAAGAAUCUGAGGUCAUGGAUUAGGUAGGGAUAUGGAGGUCAAGAUGUGGUCUGGUUCUGUCCCUAUAGUUGAAGGAGGGGUUGGUUAUAUAUAGGAAGUGGCUAUUCCCACUUUCAUUCAUAAUGAUAAAAAAUAGGAGAAGAGCUUUAUCUUCUAACAUAAAUAGAAAUAAUUUGCUGCAAUGGCAAUACAUAUAUAUACAGGGAGCUGAGCCGUCC